AUGAGUGCGAUCAACGACUACGACUCGCACUCUCUGAGUGCAGCAUCAUCAUCGGCUGCUGCUGCUCCGGCAGAGCAGACAGUGCCCAUCAUCCUCACCACCUCUCUCGACCAGUAUGCCAUCCCUACCGGCCCUUACAUGGUCCCCGUCUCGUGGCGACGAACCCACCUCUCGACGCUCGUCAACAAGCUCGUAUCUUCCACCUCCGACGCCGAGAGCACGUCUGCUGCGGUACCGUUCGACUUCAUCAUCGACUCUUCGCUCCUCCGCUCCACGCUCGGCGAAUACCUCGAAUCUGGCGGACUCACCUCCGAAUCCACCCUCACCAUCGAGUACGUGCGCUCUACGCUUCCACCCACACGACUCGCAGCCUUCGAACACGACGACUGGGUCGCAUCCGUCGACUGCUCCUUCGCUCCAGCAAAGAUCUACAUGACGAGCAGUUACGAUGGUUCCGUCCGACUGUUUUCGCCCUCAAACCCGACGGAGGCGUUGCACACGCUGAGCACGAUCAACAAGGCCACGGUGCAGGGUGGUAGAAACACGAGUCUGACGAGUGCCAGGUGGACUCCCAAUGGCGAUGCGUUGGUGACGGGUGGUAUGGAUGGUAGGGUGCAGCUGUGGAGUGUAGAGCAGGUGGACGAUGCGUGGAAGAGCGCAAGAAAGUGGCAGGGUGAGGCGCACAAUGCACCCGUCGGUGCGGUAGAUACUGCUCAGGGACCUCAGGGAGUCAGCGUGCUGAGUGGUGGUUGGGAUGGUAUCGUUGCUGUCUGGGACGAUCUCGUCAGCAGUCCCUCCGCUGCCGCCAUGGAUUCCGACGACGACUCGGAUCAAGACGAACAAGAAUCCACCUCGAAACGCCGAAAAACCUCCACCAACGCAAGCAAGUCCAUCUCCAAAGCCUCUUCCACCAUCAAACCAGGCUUCAUCGACCCCACCAUGAUCCUCUACCACGCCCAACCCACCGCACACACCGUCACGGGAGCCAAGAACGUCUCCCACCCUUCCUCGCGCGUCACCGCUGUGCUGUUCGAACGCACAUCCUCAGGUAAGAACAGCAAUCGAGCCUGGAGCAUCGGCUACAACGGCUUGCUCAAGGGCUGGGAUCUCUGCUCGGGUGGGAUCACCCACACGUCUCUCUCGUUACCCUGUUCCACAGCGGAGACGCGACCGAUGCUUUCCAUGACGCAGCUUUCACCUUCUACCCUCGCGGUGGGAUCGAUGGAUCGCGCGAUUCAUCUUUUCGACAUUCGCUCGUCUACAUCCGCUACUGCUGGACCCGCGACGUUGGGCGUGAGCAUCAACAACGCACAUCGCGGACCUGUGGACGCGCUGGCCGCGCAUCCGUUGGACUCGAAUCUGUUCGCAAGCGCAAGCGGGUUGGAAUCGGGCGUCAAGGUGUGGGACGCGAGGAGCAGCAAGAAGGCCUUGUUCACGUUGGAUGCAAGUGUAGCGACGAAGGGUGAGAGGGGCGUGUUGGGGUUGGACUGGUCGAAGGACGGUCAGGAGGUGGUCGCGGGUGGGAAGGAUAAGCGCAUCACUUUGUUCAGGGGUAGUGGGAUUGGGAUGAGUGGUUUGUAG